AUGGAUACCAAGGAAUAUACUAGCGCAGGACCAGUUCCGGGUGGUGGCGCGAUUCUCUCACCACUCCAAAUCAUAGAUUCGCUGGAACAAACAACAGAGAAAGCAAAGAAUACGGGGGACUUAUUAACGUACGACAGUCAGGUCUUUACGGUGGAAGAACAUGGUGUUCAGUACGAAGUACGCCUGUGUCCGGCUCUACAGAAGAAGGAGGAAGCACGAGUUCCGAAAUCCAACAUCGCUCCUGAUCCAGACCACGUGUCCAAAGUAGUGGAAACCAUAUUUCAUAAGGAUCCUUUUCUUCCCCCAUUUAAUUCUUUACUUGUAGGGGAGAUGAAAGAUGACUUAGAGGAAAGCGGAAUCGGGUAUUACACUCUCCUCAAUAAAUAUGCAGUUGUUCCUGUGUAUGAAUCGCAAGCGCAACCUUUAACUCCCUCACAACUCGUACACGCAUAUCUCCUUCUACUAGCUGCAAAGGCUCGAAGUAAACAGUACUUUGCUUUCUUCAAUUGCGGAGUAUUGA